AUGAUAUUAUACUACUUGGAUCAUUAAUUAUUUUCAUUCCUAUUAUUAUUUCAAGAUCUUUUUGCUUCGCAAUUGAUCUAAACGUAAACUAGCUUGUUAAUAUAUAUAUAUAUAUAGUAAUUUUUUUUUCUUAACUAUAACAUGUCACCCCUCCAUUCUCCACCGGCGGAACCUCCAUCCGUGUAUUGCACGCCUUCGCCGCAAUCCAGAGCCACAACCCCGUCUCCUCCCCUUGCGGCUCGUAUGUUCAUGUCAAGGCAAAAAUCAAUCGUCAAACCCAAACAUGAUCACUACUCAUUCAAUAUCACAAGUAGUUGUACUACUAGUACUCCACACAUCAUAUUCUCGCCACACGAUGAUCAUGAUAAAUUAGCAGCAGCAGCAAGUACUAGUAGUAGUAAUCAUCAUCUAGUCUUUCUAAGAAGACACCGCCAAACACACCCCGCCGUUUGGUUUACCGCGAUAAUAUGUCUAAUCAUCACCGUCCUUAUAAUCUUCCUCGUGAUAGCCGUUUUGAUCGUUUAUGCGGUGGUGAAGCCAAAAAUACCGGUUCUUGACACUAGCCAUGCGACCCUAAACGUGGUAUACUUUGACUCGCCCGGUGGUCAUUUCAACGGGGAUUUAACUUUUGUCGCAAAUAUCUCCAACCCCAACAAGAGACUCGAUAUAAAAUACGAGCACGCGGUUAUGGAGCUGUUCUUCAAAGACGACUUGAUAGCGAGUCAAUCCAUCCGGCCUUUCAGGCAAAGGCCAAAGGAGGCGGGGGUGGUGGGGAUUCAUUUCGUAUCGAACAUGGUUUCGUUGCCGCAAAAUCACGCAAUGGAGCUUCAAAGGCAGGUUUUGAGCGAUAAAGUGUUUUAUAGGGUGAGAGCGACUUUUAAGGUGCGGGUAACUUUGGGUGGGCUUCAUUUCACCUAUUGGUUGCACGGAGACUGUGAUCUGCAAAUGAGCAGCCCGCCGUCGGGUUCCCUCGUGGCUCGAACCUGCAUGACUAAGAGGAGGUGAUGACAUCGAUCAUCAUCAUAUCAUAUCAUAUAUAUGACCAAAUUAUUAACAAGCUAUUUCAAUUAGUUAUUCAUGAUGGAUGCAUGGUGCUUAUUAUUAUUUUUUUUAGAAUUAAUAAUAUUGAGAUAUACGUAAUUAGCUAGAUUCGAUCGACAGAUAAUAUUUUCAAGUGUAUACGUACAAUGAUAUAUCAUAUCAUAUAUCUAUCUAUAUACUACUAAUAUAAUAUAAUAUGGUACAUCAUA